AUGCCUUCUGCCCUCGCACUAGGCUGCCUUGAGCCUGGACCAUCACUAGUUUACAAGACGAGCCAAGGUAUCCAAGCACGACAGCCAAUUCAAAUUGCCCUUGUUGGCCCAAAUGUAUGUUGGCCCAACAGCCCCGCAAGCUCAAACCGCGCUUUUGCGGGGGCCAUGGCGAAGCAGGCGCGGACCAGGAUCUAUGGCAACGAUGCGAUUGAUAGCAUGCCAGAGUUGGUGCAGGAGUGGUACCAUGCAGUUGGCACACCCAUGGGGCUUGGGAACAUGGCAUGGGCCAAGGAGUGCGUGAAGAAAGGCGUUGAUGUGAAUGCUCGCCUCGACGCCUAUGGAGGCACUGCCCUGUUCCUAGCCAUCGAGCAGGGGAACUGGUCCAUGGUCAAAUGGCUAAUAGAGGAGGCAGGUGUUGACAUGGAGGUCUUGGACUAUGGAGGCUACAACGCCCUCGACUAUGCGGCAGCCUGUCAUUGGCACCACCCUGACCGACCUCCACAAAUGCCAGAUGGAAAGCUGGCCCCCAUGGACAUCGCAAGCUAUUUGAAAAGCCAAGGUAUGAAGUACACCUGGUUUGGUGCUGCCUUGGCAGAGGACAUUGAUCGUUUGUGGGAGUUCUUAGACAAUGGCCAGGAUGUCAAUGAUCCUUGUCUGAAGCAUUCGGGCUUUGCUAGAGAACAAGGUCAAGGUUUUCAAACCAGGCAAGAGGGUAGCAGGAACGGGGUGGCCAUUUCAACAAGAGUGCCCUUGAAGAGGCCGCAGACAACGGAGGCUACUGGACAGCCAAGUUCCUCAUGGCCUGAUGCCCAGAAGCUCUUACGUGCUUAA